AUGGGAGGAAGAAAAAGAACUUUUAAAGUCUUAAAAAAACCUAAACUAAUGAAACCAAAAGCAUAUUUUGAUUGUGCUGUUUGUGGAUGGAAAGAUUGCAUUAUUAUUAAAAUGUAUGUAUUAUUUAAUAUCUCAUCUCUAGAAAAAAAGGUUAUAAAACAGCUAAAUUAGAAUGUGAAAGAUGUGAAACAAAAUUUGAUAUGAAAAUUCGAUCAUUAGAUGAACCUAUAGAUAUUUAUCAUGAAUGGCUUCAUAAAUUGAAAACUAAAGCAAUUAUGCCAUAUCCAAAUAGAAUGUAAGAUGAAUAUGAUGAUACUGGAGAUGAAGCAAAUGAAAAUGAUGUUGAAUGUAUUCUCUUAUUUUAUUUAUUAGAAUUAUUGAAAAAUCAAAAAGGGAAAAAAAAUAGAAAAAAAAGAAUCAAAAGAAAUGCAUCUGAAGAAGAAAUAUCAUCUAAUAAUGACAAAGUAUCUGAUUCAGAAGAAGCUUUAGAUGGUGAUUAGGAUAUAUCUGAAGAUUCAUUAUUAAAUAAAUAAAAGGUUGAAGAUAAUAUAGUUGAUCAUUAAGAAGAUGAAAAAGAAGAUGAAAAAGAAGAUUCUCAAGAUGAGUCAUAUAAUAUUAAGGAAUAAUACAAAAAAAAAAGAGGCAAAAAAAAAUGA